UCGAACUACCUGCAGAUAUUGAACACCUAUUCUAACUAACUAAGUGUGAUUUUCUCACACAGUGAGAAUCAGGUUUAUCAAGUUUUGUAGUUAAAUGCCAUAGCAAAGUGGGCACAAGCCUGAUCAGCUAAGUUUGUAAUCAGAUGCCAAUCUCCAGUGUUCCCACAAAUGCUCACUGUUUUAGAGGUAGCAAGAUAUAACAUGAUAGAACUUAACACUCGGUUGAGGCCCAUGCGAAAGGUAAACAAAGUAUAGUCAAGUUUGUAAAACUCUACGUAGCAAAAAAUGUCACUUAAAGCUGCCACCCAUGUUGGGGGUGUCACUCGGUGGAAGAAGAACAGACAGAGUGAAAUGCUUUCUUCGCAUAUCCCAGCUUGCUCGUAAGGCCUUGCUCGAAGGGCCCAAGAGUGGUAGCUUGGUGAUACCGGGGCUUGAACCCCUGGUCAGCAAUCCAGCACCUUAACAACUGAGCUACCACUCCCCCUUAAUGAAUUCCUUUCUCUACACAAAACGCAUUUUGUAUUUUAAACUUUUAUUUAUUGUAAAAUUGACAUUUACCAGGAGGUUGCUUGUGUCAUUAAACUUUAGUUGUGUGCUUUCAUUUCUGAUUUCAUGUGCAGUAAUUUAUACACAGAGGACACAGAACGAACAGGAGUGGAACAAGCUUAUUUUAGACUUCAUUUUGACUCCACAUUUCUUUAGCCGAACAUGGACACUGGGGCACUUCAUUUUGCUUCGGGUUCACUUGAAAGCUGUGAGAUGUGUUGAGUCUUAUUGGAGCGGAUUCAGGCUGCAGGAUAGGUGAUCUAUUGAGAAACAGAUUAGGCGAGUGCCAACGUGCUGCAUUGUUACUAUCCAGGUCACACUCUUGCCCUUUUUCCUCGUUUUUUUCCACACACUGCCAGGGCUAAUGGGGAUUCUAUAUGGCGCUUUCACUUACUCAGAGAAUGUGAAACGGACACAAACUUUGUUUUUUCUUGUAUAAUAUUUCUGGACUAUUUAAACUGGCGUCUCUCAAGCAUCCCAGACAAUUAUUUGCUUAAGGUAACCAAAAGAAUAAAGUAACUUUUUUUUGGCUGUGUUUUUCAGAUGUUCUUUGUACGUCUGUAAAGAGAAACUCGUCUACAAAGUAACAUGAAAACAGGUCAGCACUCGAUAGUCCAUCUGAGUCAAACAAUGACAUGAAAAAGAACCGUGUAAAGGAAGUGCCAUCCAAAGUUCUGCAUCACUUGCUUUUCAAUUAUGGCAGAUGAAGCAGAACGGAAUUGUUAGUGCCAUUUAUCGGAUGUGCACCUCUCUGUAUUAAAUCCCAAGUCAAGGAAUCUGUUGCUGUGUACAACAACCUGUCUGUGAGAUCCCUUUCAUUGUCAGAGAGCCUGUGUGAGUUUAUUAGAAACAAGGAAGGGAUAAAAAAAUCAGGAAAAAGAGAAAGACACUGGCACACUUCUCUGAACAACAUGCACACAGUCAGUGCCAGUCAUCCUGAAGAAAACCUCUCGCCUCUGUGUGUGUAUGUAUGUGUGUGUGUGUGUGUGUGUGUGAAUUCUGAUGCAGAACAAAAGCAAUAGCUGAAUGAAUCGAUUAUGAUAAUGGGCGGUUGGUGUGAAGAGCGUUUUCCCACUGAAUGAAAUUCAGAUGAUGGAUUAUUGAAAAAAACAUUAACUGAGAUCUUUAUGCAUUGCUUGGUAACCUCUUUCUCUAGCACAAAGAACUGCAGAUUUCUUUUAUCACUUGACUAUCGAGUCUAUUCACUGGAACAUUUUAAAUUCUACAAUCUGCUGAAUUAUCAUGACAACGACCAGUAAUUUCAAAACAUACCCUAGUAAAAAAGCCUGUCAUUUUGGUGAGCAUGAGAUAAUGGUAUUCUUCUGAAACCCUUCAAUCAAAAAAAAUACACAUGCUUUACUCUCUCUGAUUUGUGUGGAAUGUGCUUACAAGUAGUAAGCAAACCAAGUAUUACAGUAAGCAACUAGUAAUUAAUGCAUCAUACGUUCAACUUUUUGAUUGUUAAAAGUGAUUCAGUAAACAAUACAUUAGCUACAUGGAAAGAAAUAUGGAAUUUAGCUGGGUCCAUAAUUAUAGUCCUCACUCCUGUAACUGCAUACCUCUCAUAUUUCCACAAUAGAUCCUGCAACUGUAAGAAAGUCCACCGAUUAUAUUUUAGAGAUGAUGACUAUGAAAUGAAUCACCACUUGACCAACUUGUAUGUGGAUGUCCAGAAAAUAUUUUAGAUAAUAAUUUUGAAAUAAAAAAAUUAAAAAAACUAUACAGUAGCAUAGAGUGACCACUUUUUCUGCUAUGAAUCCAUUAAUAAAACGUUUGUUUUAACUACCUCAGAAUACAUUUAUCAACAUACUGAAUGUGAUGCAUCUCUUUAAAUAUUACACUCGUAACCAACUACUUUGCCUUGUCGUUUGUGUGGUAUGAUUAAAGGGGCAUGUUUUGUAGCAUCUCUUUCACCUUAUUAAUAACUGAAGGUGCACGAUUAGACCUUAAGGACGUUGAUGGAGGCCUACCUAUAAACCUUGACCCCAAAAUCUAAUUACAGAUACUCUAAAUAAACCUUCUUAAGUCAAAGAUACAUAAUAAAGGCACACAUUGUGCAUCUUUGUCCGUACCACCUGAGUGAUAAGUAUAAAAAAAGUAUAUGAAUUGAAUGGCCAUUCGAAUUUAUUUAACAAUUCUUAGAUUGUUCAUAGUUUUAGUUGUUUUUAAAUUUCGAUUCAGAUUAAUUCAAUGAACCGGCCAUUAAAAAGGCAUAUUAUUUAAAUUAUCACAAAUAAUAGUUUCCUUAAAUAAUGCCAUGUUCUGUUUAGUUUUCCUUCAAAACAAUUUUUAACAAUAUUAAUAUGUUAACACAGUUCACUGAUCCCCUGUGAGCCUCUCGGGGUUGAUUAGUCGAGUCUAAGUCAGAGAGGGCGCUGUGCACCAGGCAGAACUAGUCGAUCCCAGAGGCAUUUCCCUUUGUGUUUAUAUUUUUAAUUGUUUUAGAGGGAAACUGAACCCAUACCCAAAGUGCUGGACCAAAGAGAAAUAAUGUAUGCUUUUGUGAGGUUUUUGGAGGACGACACGUGCUGCGCUUUACCCGUUGCGAAUGUGAGAGAUUUGAGACCAGUGCACAAAAGAGAUUUUGAUGAGCAGAAGGUGUAUGUGGUGCUCCGAGGUGAGGAGAAUGGUACAGGCCAGCCGGCCAAGGCGCACAUUCUCGCUCUGGCAGAGAGCAUUGAGGAACUGGACAACAGUAUUAUGCAAAAGAAGAUGAAAAUUCCUAAAAUGACUACCAGGAAUGCAGGACAUGCCAUAGAGAAUCACUUUGGUGAAGAACGAAUUCCACUCCGACAUAAAAAGGUGCAGUGUCAGGAGCAUCAACGGGCCUCUAACUCCUCCAAGAGCCUUGCAGCUGUAGUGGCACGUCUGGAAAGAAACGCAGUGAGCUCCUGUGCUGAGGGUGAGGAGCUACGUGAGGAAGAGGAGCCGGAGGAGGAAGAAGCUGUGGUGCCCCGUGUCCUCUAUGAGGAGCUGGUGCACAGCUACAGGCAGCAGGAGGAGGAGGUUCGGCGGCUGCAGCAAGAGCUGGACCGAACACGCAGGCAGCUGCUGCAGCAGGCCAAGAAGCUGAAGGAGCACAGCAGUUUGCUCACAGAGGUCAAGGAACUGCGGGACUUCAACCGCCGCCUGCAGGACGUGCUGCUCAUGAGGCUGGGUAGUGAGCCAAUGCAUGAUAAUGGAACUCAGACAAUCAAAGCUGAAGUAGUAGAGCCAAUCUCUGAACCACAGGAAAUGUGUAGAGAGGAGGCCAACACUAGCUCCACCCACUCCCCCUCUCCGAGGACUGUCUAUACCUUCAGUGAUGGAAAAGUCCACUUGGGUGGAGGCAUCUGGGUGGAGGAGGAGAAGUGGCAUCAGCUUCAGCGUACACAGGGCGAUUCUAAAUUCACCAAAAACCUGGCUGUCAUGAUCUGGGGUACAGAGACGCUGAAAAACCGCAGUGUUACUGGUGUCGCAACAAAGAAGAAGAAAGACGCUCUGCCUAAACCGCCUCUCUCACCAAGUAAACUCAAAAUCGUACGAGAGUGUCUAUAUGACCGUGUGUCUCAGGAAACAGCCGACAGUGCUGAGAUCACUCAGCGGCUAUCCAAAGUGAACAAAUACAUCUGUGAAAAGAUUAUGGAUAUCAACAAAUCCAUCAAGAAUGAGGAGAGGAGAGAGUCCAAGCUCCUUAUCCGGCAGACGGUAAAGAUGGAGAACUUGUAUGAUGGCAUGUAGGACCUUCAGAGUACAUCAUAGACUGCUGCUGCGAGAAGAGGUUACACGUGAUCACCUGCGCUGCCGUUUUGGAUUUUCACAAGCCCACAGCGAGGCCUUUUUUCCCCCCCUUUGUUUUUAUUUUUCAUUUUGUUUAAAUACCACAUAACACCUCAGAGGCUAUAAGACAGCAUUACCCACAAUCCACACAGCCUUUGUGCAGUCAGUAAGAAGUGGCUUUGGGUAGGGGAGAUUAUACAGUUUGAUUGUGGAAUAUUGAGGGAAGGGGUAUGUGGUUGUUAAUCAGUCAUUGUUUUUGACAGGAGAGAUCCUUUAAAUCACAUCAGAUAACAAUGUGUGCGGCACAUCGGCUGGUGUUCUGUGUCAGAACAUGUCCUAAUGUCUAAGUCAAGAAUGAAGACUUUCCUUGAAUAGAGCUUGUGAUUAAUCUUUCAAGACUGAUGGUUAGAACCUUAUUAGUUUAUUCCUAUUUCAAAUAUAUUGAGGAAUUGGAAGUUCAGCUAUUUCUAUCAAAAUUUGAUGAUGGUGCUAAAGACGUGUUCUUAGAGGAACUCCCUUCGUUUCAUGCCAGAGCAUUCACUUUACAUUAGUGAAUGUGCAUUUACAUAAAUGUUUACAUAUCAACAGAAUGCUUUAGAGCUGUCUCUUUCUGUUUCUUAUGUAAUGUGUCUAAAACCUUUUCACAAAUGAAUGGAUGCAGCAUUUCAUAUAACUGAUUUAAGUUCCACAGUGAAUUAGAGAGUUGUUCGCCAACCCAGUUGUUUAGAACCAUUAUAUAGUUAGGCUGAGGAACAAGGAGCGGGCAGGGAUUUUACACUUUUGAUAUGGCAAUCAGUUGAAACUGUUGUGUUUUUUAUAGCAAGCUGUGAUUGUAAUAUGAGCUGAUAUUGCUUAACCUGCACUUUGGUGUGUAUGUGUGUGUGUGGUAACGUGGCAGAAACAGUGUGUGGAUGUGGGUAAAGCUGUCAGCAGUGCUCGGUGGUUUUAUUUUUUUUGUUUUGUUUUUCCCUUCUUUUUUUUUUCGCAAACCAACCAAACGGCAUCUCUAGAGGAUAACUGGAUCCUCUAAAACUUCCUCCGAGGUGGAAAAUAGAGGGGGUGAAUUUUAGUGACAACUUCCAGUGAGCCAUGCCAUCCAUCUUUUUUUUUUUUUUUUCCCCGCCUUUUCAUUUUGCCCCUUUCACAAUUUCAUAUUUUUUGCAUUUCACAAAAAUGGUUUAUGUGGCUGUGCAUUAAAAGGCCUGCUUGCUGCAGGUUUGAGUUCUUAACUGUGAUGGCAUACUGCUAACUGUGAAUCAACCUCGAAUCUGCCUCUCAGCUUUUUCUGUCUCAUCACUUUCAGUUUCCUGUCUUUGUUGCUUAUCAAACACAUGUACAUGUUUAUAGUUAAUGGAUUUUUUUUUUUUUUAGAGGAGAGAUUUUAUUGUAUAUUUGGACAUAUUUGGAUCUUGAAGAUCUAUAUCCAGGCUGCACCUUAUUCUGCUUAGCCUCUUAUUUGAAACAAGUCAUCGUCGUGUCUCCGUAUGAUUCCAUCUUCUCUCCAUGCCUGUUCAUGCAUAGUAUUUCCACUUUUCUUUUUAGUCUUCACUUUGCUCUUCACAAAUGCAUUAUCUCUUAAUGGGAUGCUGUCAAAGAAGCAAACUCUAUUUUAAAUUAUAAUAGCUCAUUUACAAUCGUCAAUUAUCACAGUGCUCCUACAAAUCACGUCACUGUGAGCCAUUUGUAAAGGAGAAUCAUUUCACUUUUUGUUCCGUUUUCUGGAAGUGUGCUUAUAAUUGAAACAGAUGUAGUCACCAUAUACGACAGCACUUUAAUCCUAAGAAAGGCCAUGUCAUAAUGAUGGGCAAAUAUGGAUCUUAAUGGUGAUAUUAAGGAUAUCUUCCCCCACAUCCCCCUCCAAUUGCUAAUCAGAAACCUAGCACUUUUUUUUUUUAUACAACUCCAAAGUUGAAAAAGAUCCCAUUUAUGUUUCAUAGAUAGCUGUUUAAGAAACAUUUACUUAAUUGUAACUUACCUCUUAUAUGUUGGUGUAAUAAUGAAAGAAUAGACCGUUAUUGUAUGGUUUAUGGUUUAAGGUUAUAUUUUUCUGUGAACUUUUCCUCUGUAUGUCGAUGUGUCGUGUGUUGUGUGCUAUAUGUUGCCCCACUAACUGAAUAUGUGCUAUAUAUGAUAAUAGCUCCGUGGGUACACUGGAAAACACCAGCUUUAAAUUGGCUGAUGUUAAACAAUAGCCAAAAGAAACUGACAAUCCUCGUGACCGUUUCCUCUUGAGAUUUGUCAGCUGUAAUGUUGCCUUGAAAAGCAGUAACUCCUCUUCGAUAGCCACUCGCUCCGAGUGAACAGCUUUCACAUGCAAUAUAAUAUGGCUGACAAAAUGUAACGUCCCUUCAGUUGUGAACCCUACUAUUUCCUAGGGGAAAUUGUGACUGUGAAAUGUACAAAUAUGCUAUAUAUUGCCAUGAGAAACUGUAUUCAUACGAUGCUUAAAAGCUCCAAAAGCAAACCGGUACACCUCUCUGAGAUAACGGCCCUCUGGUCCGCACUAGUGAACUUCAUUUCGUCGUCGUGUUUGCCUCCACGUUUUAGACUGACAUCACUGCGGUGCUUAAGCUUUGAGCUGCUCGGCUCCCUAAAGAUCCCAAACAAUCUGGAAUGCGAAGACGAGCGUUUAUAAAAUGUCUAUGCGGAGCCACCAGGCUAAUAUUUGGGAAUCACGAAACCAGGAACUGGUUUGUUUUUGAUUUAUUUUUUAAGUCGCGUUUCUAUGCUGUAUUCUCCAUGUGAAUGUGUGUAGGUUUUGGGUAUUCUAAAGCUCCUCGGGUGGUGGAUUUUAUGUAAGCCAAAGUGGAAUAGUGAUCAUUCAGCUUGGUAUGAACUUGCACAGAAUUGGCCUAUGACAAGGUCCAAAGGCAUCCAAGUUUAAAAAAGUGGCUAGAUAUAUACUUUUUGUUUUAAAAAAAAAACUUUCAAAAUAUGAGAUUUUGCUUUCGCUUUCAAUAGUGCUGUCGUGCAUCAUUUCAUUUCCGAAGCGCAUAAAGCUUUCAGUGGUAUAGAUGUGCAUAUACUGUUCUUUCAAGCAGAAUUUCUUCAUUUAAUCAUUUCUUUUGUUUUCAAUGCCAAAAAAGGGGAACAGGGAGAACGGUUACUAAAGGUCGAUUUAUGUGUGUAGAGUAGUAAGGAUUUUGCCUCCUUUUUAAAAAGCCACAUACACAGAUGAAAUGUGAGUGAAAUGCUGAGGACCCAUCAAACAUAGACAAAGCUGCCCAGACCUCCACUCAAGCUCUUCCUGCUAGCGUCAUGUCAUGACUCGCUGUUCAGACUCACUCUAGCAGGUUCCAGGUCUCAGCCCAUGUCAGCUUUAUUCAGGGCCAAACUCAGCUUUAACAUGGUUAAAAAAAUAAUAAGAAUAAUAAUAAAAAAAGUAUUUUUAUAAAAUCACAACAGGUUAUUUGUGGCAGUAAUGAAAUGUGUACUAUCUGAAUCCUACCUCAUGGCUUAUCAUGUCACUUUAGUUAUGUGCUCCAUUCAUAGCACCUCAGUCUACAUGGGCACAGAUUUGUAAAUAAACCAGUCUCUAUUGUAGAUUUUUACAAUCAUACAGCUGAUUUCUGCUUUCUUGUCUUUUCCUUUUCUUUUUUUUUUUUUAUAUAUAUAAAGAAAACUAUAUAUAUAUUCAAUAUGAACCUCCUUUGUGAGUCUGCCUGAUUUUUGUAAAGGAGCGAGUCUUUCUUUCUAAUUGUGUGGUUCUGUUGGUGUCCUUUGUGCUGUAAAUCUUUGUUUUUUUUUUUCCUCCCUAUAUUGUUUUGUAUUUUUCUGGUUGAUGGUGCUACCAGCACACGUGUCAUUUACCUCAGAUGGUGCUACUUUUUUACUGUGGUGGAUGUCAGUCAGUGUCACAUGAUCAAAAACCAGUAGUUUUUCAGUCAAUUUCUUUCAUAUCAAAUGAAAUCAGGACGGACGUGUCUUGCUCGUCACAGCACACAUGCCAUAACGUUGUUGUUUGCUUCAUAUUGGUGGACGGUUCUGUGUAGAGUAUUUGUUGGUCAGGCAUCGAUAGAUAACUUUUUAACAGUAUGCGUAAUGUUAUUGACAGCAAAAUGAAAUGCUGUGGGGAGAUUAUUGAUCCCCACAGUCGAUCUACCUGAAUGGUACUGGGCAGUGUACCGUGGUCCUCAGCUUCUCCAGCUCCACUGUAGUUACCAUCAAAACUGCAAGAAAUUAUAUAUUUAGAAAAUAUUUUAGAUAUUGCAAUACAGUACAAUGUAUUUUAAAGAGUUUAUAUAACUUGCCAAAGUGGUUUUCUCCCAAAGACAGUUUAUUUGCAACGUCUCUUAAGAGUCAAUAAUUUAAAGGCAAAGCGAGUGAUCAAUUCUUUAUUAAUAACACUGCUAGACUUUUAAAGUGAAUAUAAAUUCUAUUUCCUGCCUCUUUUAAUUCCAUUUUCCAUUAAACUUGGGGGGGGGGGAGAAAAAUCAAAUUUUUUUUAAUGAGAAUUGGUUUCCCCCCACCACCAUGUUUGUGUUGGUGUUGCAUAUCGGUGUUAUGACUGAAAUGUUUCCUGAACAACCUCAAGACUAGAAUACACUCAAUAUCUGGAAUCAGCUGUGUUGCAUUUAAAUCUGUCCUUUCAUUUCAUCUUUCAUGUUCUUUGUUCUUGCUGCUGAAUAAUAUCUAGAAAUCGAUGUAUAUGUACUUAAAUAUAUUUUUCAGAAUCAAUAGAGAAUGUCUUCUAAAUACAACUGUGAAAACCCUUUUCUUUGAGUGGCAGGUGUUGUGGGCGUGGUCUUUUUUUUUUUUUAAACACACACUGUGCUUUUGUCCCAAGUCAUCUCUUUAGAUAGAGUGCACAUGCUCAAUGUCCUUACAUUUGGGUUGCAGUUCCCAUGAAAGUCCAAAGACGAGGGCUGGCAGGUACGCCUGGUUUCUUUAACCGAGCCUUUGUUCCUAAUUUGGAAAGCGCACUUGGCCUCGACAGAACAUCCCGGUCAAUGUUUAGUCUGUAACAGUAGGCUUGAGCUGGGUGGAAUAAACCAGGCUGUCAUGUUUAGCUUCCUGCUGGGUUUAGGGAGACAACCUGAAAAAAUAAAAUAAAAAAAGCAAUGCAUUUCCACACUGA